AAAAUUUCUGCUUCAAAAGUUUCCUCUCUGUCCCAGGAAAAAAAGUGACUCACCAUGCCGUCUGAUCUGGAGAGAGCUAUGGAAACGCUGAUCACAGUGUUCCAUCGUUAUGCAGGGAAAGAAGGCAACAGUACCACUCUGAGCCGCCGAGAGCUCAGGCAGCUCAUGGAGGCAGAGCUUGCUAACUUCCUUAAGGCUCAGAAAGACCCUGCGACCGUUGACAAGAUUAUGAAAGAUCUGGACACGAAUGGGGAUGGAGAGGUGAGCUUUGAAGAGUUUGUGUCCCUUGUCGUCGGUCUGUCCAUUGCCUGUGAACAGUGUUACCAGAUGCACCUUAAAGGAAAGAAGUAAAAGCAGGGGAAGAAGAGUGGGAGUUGGAGAUGAUUUUUCUACUGAAUAUUAUUGAAUAAACAAGUUAAAAUAAAUGCAA